AUGCGUCUCGUGAAACCACUAAUAGUAGUGGUAUCAGUUGUUAUUUUAAACGCGUUCGCUCAACAACCUACGUUCUUCCGAAUAAAAAGACAAGCCUAUCCGCCGAAUCCAGCACCCUUCAAGCCGAGGCAAGAAGAUUAUAAUCUUCCACCAUUUUACCAGCCAAACCCGGGACGUGAUGCUUCUUCAUUGUCUCCACUGUUUCCUUUCCACAGCCAAUACAGUAAUGGUUUAGAUAUAAAUCCAGGAACCAGAGUUACGGUUGAUGGAAAUUUGAACGUUCCUAUCAUGGGCUGGGGUAUGUGGGAUUACAAAGGAGGAGUGAAAAUGGGACGACCAAAUACUCGAGUGGGUUUCGGAUCCCUCAAUGCUCCAACAAACGUUCUUGGAAUUUCUGGAGAUACAAUUGCAGCACUGGCUAAAGACGGAACGUUCCAACAGUCCAGACAAAACGUUCCGGCGGUCCCGGUUGCCGUCCUUCCUGGUAACUUCGUACCGGUUCGCUGUCGUCCACCAAUGUGCAAUCCAUUUGUGCACAAUAUGGCUUUCGGAGUGGACGUAGAACCAGGAGAUGAUUACCUCUUCGACGGAGGAUUCGAUUUCCCAAUUCCACUUGCCCCAUCAGGAGUCGGUGUCCGUUUCCCAAUGAGUGGAGCAGUUAAUGUUGGAACCGAUCCACUUCUUAUCACUUAUGGCCACGGAAUGGGACCAGUUGAACCACCUGGUUUUCGAUCGAAAAAGAGAGGAUCGGAGGAAGACGAUCUUCGGGAAUGCCAAAAGUAUGGAGGAGAUGAACCUCUUGUUAUUCCGGUCAAAGGACCACAAGCUAUGUUUCCAGCUCUUGUGACAGCAGAUAACUUCCCACUUUUCCCUUUCACUGAUCAGUUCAACACAGGAGUAGAAAUUAAUCCAGCGAACAAAGUGAGCAUGGCCGGAGAUUUGAUUGUACCCGUCCCUGGUUGGGGAAAUUUCGAUGUUGAUGGAAAUGUUUACUAUGGUCACAUUAAUGUAGAUGCGAAAGUUGGAUAUCAAAUAAGACCAACCAAUCAUCUUAAUAUCAAACCGGAAACAUUGGCUCUUCUUGGUCAAAACCCAGCUUUCAGAGAGGCUAGAAAGAAAGCAAAGGAAGUUAUUGUGGGAAGAAUACCAUACGGUUAUGAACCAAUUAAAUGUAAGCCACCAUAUUGUAACCCCUUCGUUCAUCAUGCUGGAGUGGCUGUAGAAGUAGAGCAAGGAGAUGACUCAUUCUUCAUCGGAGGAAUCGACUUUCCCUUACCAAUCGGAGAAAAUGGAGCAGGAGUUCGGUUCCCACUGUCAGGAGCUGUGGAACAGGGAACAUCUCCAUAUGCGUACGCUCACGGAAACGCUUUCAAUCCAGUUUCUCCGUUCGAUUUUCGAAAAAUUGACAGUGACGAUGUGAAACCAGACUGGCCCUAUGCGCCAGGAUUACUGGGAAGUAUAAUGGAGUGUUGUAAGAAAAAACGAGUUAAGAAGGUUGCAAAAAGGAAAAUCGAGAAAGUUAUCCAUCUGGAUCCAGAUGCAUUGAGAUACCUGAGAUUUAAAAUCGGUGGAAAAUACACGGUGGAACGACACUUGUUUUUGAAAAAAGAUCCAUCGAAAGAGGCUUCUCUUAUCGUCAGCAAUAUUCCUGCGUUUGUUGGAGAGGAAGUGAUCCUAGCAAUCAUCAAUCAAUUCGCCCCGUUUGAGGUAGAAGAAUCUUUUGUGCAACGAAGCAAUGCAGCCGACACUUCACUUUCACAAGGACAAUUGACAAUGUCGAUCACAUAUGAAAAACCAGAAGCUGUAAUUCAAGUUUUAGCAUUGUGUCAAGAUGUUGGACCAUUUACAGUGACAGAUUUUCUCGAAGAACCAGAGUUUCCGUCAGUUUUGAAAGAUUCCACCAGUUUGUACAAGAAACUAUUCCCAUCAGAAGAGCAAAUUCAAGAAAUGGCUGAUACAUAUGUCGAAAGAUACGACGUCGUUCAAGCAGAAGCAAGAAAAGAGGCGAAACGAAAGUACUCCGAGCCUGAUGAAGAGGGUUGGAUUACUGUGACGAAAGUCAAAAAAGCAGCAAAAUCAGUGAAGCUUAACAAGGAAGAUGUUCCACUGAUUGGCGGGCUGAACGGAAAGAAGAAGAAAGUAGAUCUGGCUUAUUACACAUUCCAAAUCAAAAAGAACCGACAAGAAAAAGCUCAAGAGCUGCUCAAAAAGUUCGAGGAAGACAGGAAACGAAUUGCGCAACUCAAACAGGCUCGUAAUUUCAAACCGAUGUAG